CUUCAUGUCACUUUGUCCUAGCUGUUGACUCAAUCCACAUUACGGAUAAUCGAACUUGUUCCUGAAUGUUUUGUAAUUACAGUAGCAACACAAGUUUCCGGUAGAGCCGAAACAUGUCAAAUUUCACAAAAGUAUCAGCCGUGCUUAGGUGUUUACCAAGAUUAAAUGUAAGUCAAGUCAGGCAUGUUAAUAUUCCCAAACAGUCUGUAAUUGAUGAAGACUUUUCAUGGGCUACACCAAUUGUAGAGAGACAUAUGGGAAGAGAAGAAAGAGUGAAAAAAGAGCAAGAAGUAUCAAAGCUUCACAUGGUACAGAGAAUGAAAGAUUUAUCUGGGAGACCUUACUGGGAGAAAGAAAUAUGUGAAAAAUAUGGACUAGAUACAAAGUUGUACAAGAAAGUAGUUCUGAAGAAUACACCAAGUGUAAACAAAGACUUAAAAUCAGUGGCACAUAUGAUCAAAAUUACACCCAUUACAUUUCCAUUUGGAUUACCUGAGACAGAAGAAGAUUUCGAACACUGUAAUUUACAAGACAAUGGGGAAUUCAUUGUGAAGAAAAAAAUAGAAUCAGUAAAUGAAGAUUCUAUAGCAAUAGAUAAAGAACCAAAAUCCAAUAUCUGGGAGAUGGAUUUUCUUGAACUGAAAAAACAUGCCAGGAAUAAAUUGGAUAAUUGGGAUAUCAAUUCUGAAUUUUUCACUCCUGAACAUGUGUAUGAAUAUAAUCAAGAUAAGAAAGAACAUAGAUAUUUUGGAGAUAAAGCCAUGGGUGGUAAAAGGAAGGAUUGGUAUUAAUGAUCUACUUAUAGUUAAUAAAAAUAAACAAUAUUACUAAUCUUA